CGUGAAACUGUGCGAGCUUCGAUCGCUCUGUCUUCCCCUUUUUCCGAUUUUGCGACGGCAAGGGAGGGAUUCUGUGGGCCCAUCAGGCCACGUGGAGGCCUGACUACACCAGAGGAGACCAAUAAGAGGCCACGGGACGAUUUCUACCGACAACGAACAGACUUCCGGCCUCACUUGAGGCGUUGUACCCACCGCUGGCUCACAUUUCUCCGUGUAUUCCGCUCUACGGCUGACGGCAGCUGUCCUCACCAUGGUGGAGGCACGAAAGAAGGUACGCAUGGUGCAUUUCCUGGCGCAUUUGGUCCUUUUUGAAAGGAGAUGCCUGUGUGGUGGUGUGUCGGGAGGGCGUGUUGGGGUGUGAUGUGAUGCUGCGGUGGCAGGAAUGCAUGGCAUCCGUCGUUUCGUCCGUGAAUGCGUCCAUUUGCAAUGGUUUCUUGUCCUAUCUUGUGUGCAGAAUGUGAAGCGCGGCGGCGGUGCUCGUAAGGAGAAGGUUGCUGACAAUGUGCGUGAGGGUGCGGCGGCCGCUGUGGUGAGCCAUGCACGGCAUCCAACAACUGCAUCCAAAGUUUCACGAUGCUCACAUUCCUUUCUCCUUUCCAUCUCGUUUUUCAGGCCGCUGCUGGUGGAGAGGACUGCAAGAGGGUACUGAUCCGUCUGGCGUCCGUGUGCAUCAUGCAUGUCUCUGUGUGUGGUGUUGUUGUGUGUAUGUGGUGCACGUCAGGCUGGCAAGCGUCGCAUUCGUGAGGAGGUGGACCUGGACACGAUGGAUGACCAUGAGGGGGCUGUGCAUCAGAAUGGGCAGGUACACAGGGGAGGGGGAGAGAGGGAGGGAGAGAGGCAUGCUCUGCAUUCUCACCACCUACACACACAUACACACAUUCCCUUUGUGUGUGUGCGGUGCUCUUGCAGGGGGGCGGUAUCCAAAUGUCACCUCGCAGUACGCUUCCCCUCCCCCUUUCCCCCACACACGCGCGCGUCACACACCAGACAUGAUGCGUGUUGUUCCCCCCUCUCUCUCUCUGUGUGUGUGUGUGGCUAGGUCUAGCCCGGCAUCGCACGGCUACGGAUUUGGUGCGUUUCGUGACUGGUUGCAAGCACAACACCCUGACCAAGAAGCAGGAGGCCAUGGUCGCGGGCGACAAGGCGGACAAACGCUCCAGACAGUACGCAAGACCACCACACACAUGCAGACGCAGACAGGGAGGGAUGGAGCUGUAUGUGUGUGUGUGUGUGGUGCAGUUCGGUCUAUGGUUUGAUUCUGCCUGCUGGUGAGGUGACUGCGGGUGUGGACAGCGUGGCCAACGAGAUCAAGACCUGGCCCGUCUUCAGGGAGAGGUUCCUCGUCACGGAGGUACUACUGAUGUCACACACAUAUAGACGCACACACACACACAAAUGCAUGCGCUGUUUCGUCGUGGCUGUGUGUGCAGAAGGAGUAUGUGGUGAGCAAGAACUACCUCAACGGACAGGAAUUCGGCGCCAAGGAGCGAUGUACGCGGACACAAUCAGUUUUUCUGCCCCUGUCUGUCCACCACGGACGCAUUUGUCUGGUUGGUGUUGCAUAUGGGCUGCAUGGUAUGGUGUGCAGGCGAGAUGGUGCAGUACAUAGUAGCGGUGGCGGCCAAGCACAACUGCAUGGAUCGCACCACUCUCAGAGCCAUCGAGUCAGCCACCAACCCCCCACCGCUCCCCGCCACACACAUACACAUACAUAGAUACCUGCACACACGAACCUCUCUUUGUCUCUACGUGUGUGCGUAGGAUGUUUGACCUGUUUCUGGCGAGCAAGAAGGACCUCGACGUAGACCAACUCACACACGUAAGUCUCUAGGACCCCCCGAGCACAUGUGUGAUGUGAUGUCUCUGUUUGUUGUCUGGUCUGUGUGACGGGGGGGUGGUUGGCUGGAUGGUUCAUGCAGUACGCGGGCGCGUGCCUGUACGCGGCCGCCAAGAUCACCGAGACCGACCCAUUCAUGAUCACCAUCUACGACGAAUUCCGAACCGUCAGAGAGAAACAGAAUGGUCAGUCAGCUCACCCCCAUAACAUCGCAUCAGACACAGAGAGAGACAUGUGUGCCUUUGGUUGGGGGAUAUAUAUGUGUGUGUGUGUGUGUGCGUGUGUGCAGAGGUGUUGGACGAGCUCAAGUUCGAUGCUUCCAGCCCCUGCAAACUGGUCACCACACCCAUCACAUCACCCGCCACACACAUGUCUCCACAUGAAUGGAGGGGAAUGAAUCGAUGGGUCACCGGUGCAGUCGUUUCUGGAGCGUUUGUUCAAGUGCGCCGAGAUGAACAUCGACUCGAACAUGUUCUGCUUCGCCACAUACUGCAUCGUACGCACACACACACACACAGACACACCCUGUUGUGGCUCUGUGGGUGGGUGUUGUGUGUGAGCAGUUCCUGAGUGCGUGUGAUUUGGAGUUCGUCAACACACCGGCCUCUCAAGUAGCCAGUGCAGGUACACGCACACCCCCUUCCCCCCAGACGCACACCCAUGGUUGAAAUCAUGUGUGUCGAUCUGUGUGUGUGUGUGUGUGUGUGUGUCAUGGCCUGCAGCGUUGUACCUGACUCGCAAGACCUUCAAGAACGAACUUGACGGGGCCAUCUGGGUGGGUGGGCGAACGAACACGCCACUGCAAAUGUAUGUGUGUAUGUGUGUUUGCGGGGGCGCGCGUGGAUAUGCAGCCGUCUCAGCUGGUCCGCGAGUCGUCCCACAGUGCGGGGAAGUUGAAGAAGACCGUCGACGAGAUGGAGAAACUACUCGACCACAAGAAGCAGGACAUCGGCACGGUGAGUGAGCAGCCGAAUCCCAUCCAACCAUCCAUCCCAUCGAUGCUUUGUGGGAGUUGCUGUGUAGGUGUCGACGGACAAGGUUGACGCCAAAUUCUGCGGCCACAAGUACCACCGAGUCGCCUCAAACCACACAGACGAAGUAACACACACACACACACACGCACACACAGAGAGGGAGAGAGGGCGCCACUUGUCAAUGUCAGCCACACACGCACACACAGAGAGGGAGAGAGGGCGCCACUUGUCAAUGUCAGCCGUAUGGUCCCAACUACAACUGGACGCCGUAUCUGGCCAUGAUGGGCGCCAACAGCAACAACAAGGAGUCGCGGGAGAUGGCCGCACAAGAGAUAGCCAAAAGAGCCAAACUGGCACAGAGGCGACAGGUAGGGAUCCCUUCACACACACACACAUGCCACAGGUAGAUGCACACACAAGGCCCCUGCGUGGGCGGAUGGACUGAUGCGUGUGCAUGUGUGUGUAGGCGCGUCAGGCACGUCAGGCACGUCAGGCAGGUCAGGUGCCUCAGAUGGUUGGCGGUGUGCGGAUCAAGCUGGAGGAGGAGGAAGGUGACGAUGAUGACGACGAGGUAGAUGACGGUGCGGACGACGACGACAACUUGGACGACCUCUACUGACCGACCGCAAUACACAUACAUACACACACAUACUGCACGGUAGGCACAACCGACACACACACACACAAAGACACACACACGCCCAGACGCCUACGUGUCUCCUUUUUCCUCUCUCUCAGUGUGUGUGUGUCUGUGUGCGUGGCUCUUUCAGUUGCAAGAAUGUGC